GUUGUUAUACAGUAUAUAUUUUACUUAGCCAACAUUACUCAGCAAUGAAAUGAAGAAAGCAAAAUGUAGGGAUGAAUUUAAGAGUGCUUACAGGAAACCGCUGCAGUUUUAUUUGUUUUGUUUUGUUUUCCUGACUCAGAUGCUGAUCUUAUCAUUGCCCUCCCCACUGGAGUGUGAUCCUGAAAGUGGACUGUGGUUAAAAGUGAGCUCUAUGGCAACCUUUAACUCCAGUAAUACCCUGUCCUCCACAUUCUAUCUCUCAGGUAUCCCUGGCUAUGAGGAAUUCCACCACUGGAUAUCCAUUCCAUUCUGUCUCCUGUACCUUGUUGGAAUCAUGGGUAACUGCACCAUCCUGCAUAUUGUUCGGACAGACCCCAGGCUCCAUCAGCCCAUGUACUACUUUCUGGCCAUGCUUUCCCUCACCGACAUGGGCAUGUCCAUGCCCACCAUGAUAUCACUGUUCAGGGUGUUGUGGUCCAUUUCCAGGGAAAUCCAGUUCAGUACCUGUGUGGUCCAAAUGUUUUUCAUUCACACUUUCUCCUUCACGGAAUCAUCUGUGCUCUUGGCCAUGGCCUUUGACCGCUACGUGGCUAUCUGCCACCCUCUACGAUAUGCUACCAUUCUCACCCCAAGACUUAUCAUGAAAAUUGGAAUUGCAGCCCUGCUUAGGAGUGCCUGUGCCAUGAUUCCACUUCUGGCUCGGCUGGCCUUCUUUCCUUUCUGCCACUCUCACAUCCUUUCUCAUUCAUAUUGUCUGCACCAGGACAUGAUCCGCCUUGCCUGUGCUGACACCCUGUUUAAUGUUAUAUAUGGGUUGCUUCUUGUCGUUGUGCUGUGGGGAAUGGACUCUCUGGGUAUUUUUGUGUCUUAUGUGUACAUUCUUCACUCUAUAUUAAAAAUUGCGUCACGUGAAGGGCGGCUUAAGGCUCUCAACACGUGUGCGUCCCACAUCUGUGUUGUACUCAUUUUAUAUGUGCCUAUGAUGGGGCUAUCUAUUGUCCAUCGUUUUGCCAAACACUCCUCCCCACUGAUCCAUAUCUUCAUGGCUCACAUCUACUUAUUGGUUCCACCUGUGCUCAAUCCAAUCAUCUAUAGUGUGAAGACCAAACAGAUCCGUCAAGGAGUCCUCUACCUACUUCUCCGCACAAAAACCGGUUCUACUAUGUCUUAA